AUGGAGGCUAGAGAUCUGAUUGCACAUCUUAAGCACGAGCUCACCUGUGCCAUUUGUUUGGAUUAUUUCACUGAGCCAGUGCUUGUCCCCUGUGGGCACACCUUUUGUAAAGCAUGUCUGCUCCGGUGCUGGGAGGAAGCUGCCACAAGAGGGAUUUGCCCUGAGUGUAAGGCAGUCAAUGAAUCCAGACGCUUUAUUGCAAAUUUGGAUGUGGAAAAUCUAACCCUCACUGGCAAACUGAUCAGACCUCAUUUACUGCAAAUGGUGAGAGGCCCAAGCUUCUGUAAAGAACACCAGCAGGUCCAGGAGCUGUUCUGUGAGGAUGACCAGAGGCUUCUCUGUAACACCUGCUUCUCUUCCAAGGAACACAUGUUUCACAAGGUCUCCCUUUUAAAAAAGGCUGCUGAGAGCUACAGGAAGAAGCUCCAGGAGACGUUGGAGAAGUUGAAGGAAAAAACAAAGGAGGCUGAUACUGUAAUCAAUAAUGAGAAAAAGAGUAUGGAACAGUGUCAGGUGAAGAUGCAAACUCUUAAAGGGGUAAUUGUGUUUGAAUAUGCAAAAAUGUACCAGUUCUUGAGGGAGGGUGAAAAACAACAUCUGGAAUGCCUGGAAAAUCAUAUGAGAGAGAACUGGGAGAAACUGGUGAAGAGUGAGACCCAAGCAUCCCGGCAUAGCCAACACCUGCAAAAAACAAUUGGAGAACUAGAGGAUGUCUUGGAAAAGCCAGCCUCAGAGAUGCUCCUGGAUGCAAGAAGCUCAUUGGAAAGGAGUGAGGCUGUGCUACUUCAGUGUCCACAGGCUACUUUCCAAGAGUGGCCUCGGUGCCAAAUCCUUGGGAUGAGGGACGUGCUGAUGACCUUCCAUAGAGAUAUAACUCUGGACCCUAAAACAGCCAAUCCCUAUCUCCUCUUAUCUGAGGAUCUCAAAAGUGUGACGAUUGGAAGUACCGUGCAAGACGUUCCUGACAACCCAGAGAGAUUUGACGGUGCUGCUAUUGUUUUGGGUACUCAGAAAUUCACCCAGGGAAGACAUUACUGGGAAGUAGAGGUGGGAGACAAGACUGAGUGGUCAGUAGGGAUCUGUAGAGAAUCCACUUCUAGGAAGGGUCAGUUGUUACCUGCAGAUGUGUUCUCUCUUACAGGCUUCAAAAUGAGAGAUGAUUUCAUUCUUUGGGUUCAUGACAUGAUGGAAGCAUUUUUAAUACCUGAACCUUUGCAUAAGCUAGGCAUUUACCUUGAUUAUGAAUGUGGACAUAUAGCAUUUUACAAUAUUACCAGCAAAUCCCUUAUCUAUAGUCUUUUAAAUAUUGACUUCCAAGGGCCUCUCCGGCCUUUCUUUUCUCCUUGCAUACCAAACAAAGACAGCAUCAUUAGACCCCUCACCAUCUCUACUAUGACUGAUCAGGAAGCUGGUGACCAAUAUAAGGUCUUCCCUAUGGAGUGA